UUCAGGGAGGCACAUUGAUGAUGAUGAUGAUUAGUUUUCACUUCUUCCCCAAACCUCCAAAAAAUGGCUAUGCCGACUCUGUACCGAUCUCGCUGAGUCAACUCGCCGUAGCUGCAGGUGAUCGGAAGUCAAAUUUUCCGAGGAAGAGCAUGAUGAACAUCAAAGGAUUCGGCGCGGCGGGGAGAGAGUAUAUACGGAAGCAUCACACGCUCGAGAUUAAGGAUAAUCAAUGCAGCUCCUUCCUCAUCAAGCGUAUUAAAGCGCCCGUACAUCUUGUUUGGUCUCAUGUCAGGAGGUUUGAUCAGCCACAGAAGUACAAACCUUUUGUUAGCCGUUGCAUCGUGCAGGGAAAUCUUGAAAUUGGCAGUCUGAGGGAAGUCGAUGUGAAGUCAGGUCUCCCUGCUACGACCAGCACUGAGAGAUUGGAGCUUCUUGAUGAUAAUGAGCACAUACUUAGUGUAAGGAUCGUUGGUGGAGACCACAGACUCAGAAACUACUCUUCCAUCGUGUCUGUUCAUCCUGAGGUCAUUGACGGGAGACCUGGGACAGUAGUGAUUGAAUCGUUUGUGGUGGAUGUGCCAGAAGGGAACACAAAGGACGAAACAUGCUACUUCGUUGAAGCACUGAUCAGGUGUAAUCUGAAAUCACUAGCUGAUGUUUCAGAGAGGCUUGCUGUGCAAGACAAAACUGAACCCAUCCACCGUACCUAAAACAGUUUGCUGGUACGUUGCUCGUAUGCUAUUUUCACCCAGGAUGAAGCUUUCUUCAAGGCUUUGGAGACAGAAAUAUAGCCAUUCCUUCUCAGUUCCACCCUCUUCACUUCCUCUACAUUUCGUCUUGUACUAUGUUGUCUGGUAUUCGUAACUAGUUCUCAAAGUCAUUUUUUUGGCUCGUCGUCUUCUUGCUCAUGAACCACGGUAUAUAGAUGUAUCUGAGUGUAAACAGAUGGAAUGAGCAAACUGGAGCCGAGAUAUGAACUGCCAAAGUGGAGACUUUGUGCUAUUGAUGUUGUAAAUGUGGAGAUGAUGCUUCUUAUAGAGAUGAUGUAAUAAUAGCUGUAUUUUUCAUUUUA